CCUCGCAUCCCCUCUCCUCCCUCCUCCCUGCUCUCCUUCAGUCCCCGGCUCCUCUCCCUCUUUCUCCCUCUCCUCCUCGGUGGAGGCGCCCACCACGGGGGCCCAGCGGGGACCGGCCCGGCCGCAAGGCAGGACCCCACCACCCACCAUGGCUCCCUUGGCCUUGGUGGGGGUUGCACUCCUCCUGGGAGUACCCCACUGCUCCGGGGAAGCCACUCCGACCCCUUCCCUGCCGCCUCCCCCAGCUAACGACAGCGAUGCCAGCACAGGCGGCUGCCAAGGUUCAUACCGCUGCCAACCAGGGGUGCUGCUGCCUGUGUGGGAACCAGACGACCCAUCGCUGGGGGACAAGGCUGCGCGGGCCGUGGUGUACUUUGUGGCCAUGGUCUACAUGUUCCUGGGCGUGUCCAUCAUCGCUGAUCGCUUUAUGGCAUCCAUUGAGGUCAUCACAUCCAAGGAGAAAGAGAUCACCAUUACCAAGGCCAAUGGGGAGACCAGUGUGGGCACCGUGCGCAUCUGGAACGAGACGGUAUCCAACCUCACACUCAUGGCUUUGGGUUCCUCGGCGCCUGAGAUCCUGCUGUCUGUCAUCGAGGUCUGUGGCCAUAACUUCCAGGCGGGCGAGCUAGGCCCAGGCACCAUCGUGGGCAGCGCCGCCUUCAACAUGUUUGUGGUCAUUGCUGUGUGUGUGUAUGUCAUCCCGGCUGGUGAGAGCCGUAAGAUCAAACACCUACGGGUCUUCUUCGUCACAGCCUCCUGGAGCAUCUUUGCCUAUGUCUGGCUUUAUCUCAUUCUAGCAGUUUUCUCCCCAGGCGUGGUCCAGGUGUGGGAGGCACUGCUGACACUGGUCUUCUUCCCGGUGUGCGUGGUGUUCGCCUGGAUGGCGGACAAGCGGCUGCUCUUCUACAAGUACGUGUACAAGCGCUACCGCACCGACCCUCGCAGCGGAAUCAUCAUCGGGGCAGAGGGAGACCCGCCCAAGAGCAUCGAGUUGGACGGCACGUUCGUGGGCAGCGAGGUCCCGGGCGAGCUGGGUGCACUGGGCACAGGUCCUGCCGAGGCGCGGGAGCUGGACGCCAGCAGGCGUGAGGUCAUCCAGAUUCUUAAGGACUUGAAGCAGAAGCACCCGGACAAGGACCUGGAGCAGCUGGUGGGCAUUGCCAAGUACUACGCAUUGCUGCACCAGCAGAAGAGCCGCGCCUUCUACCGCAUCCAGGCUACACGGCUGAUGACGGGUGCGGGCAACGUGCUGCGCAGACACGCCGCGGAUGCGGCCCGCAGGCCUGGGGCCAACGACGGCACAGCCGACGAUGAGGAUGAUGGUGCCAGCCGCAUCUUCUUUGAGCCCAGCCUCUACCACUGCCUGGAGAACUGCGGGUCAGUGCUGCUGUCGGUGGCCUGCCAGGGCGGUGAGGGCAACAGCACCUUCUACGUGGACUACCGAACCGAGGACGGCUCUGCCAAGGCGGGCUCUGACUAUGAGUACAGCGAAGGCACACUGGUGUUCAAGCCCGGAGAGACGCAGAAGGAGCUGCGCAUCGGCAUCAUCGACGACGACAUCUUCGAGGAGGACGAGCACUUCUUCGUGCGGCUGCUGAACCUGCGCGUGGGCGACGCGCAGGGCAUGUUUGAGCCCGACGGAGGCGGGCGGCCCAAGGGGCGGCUGGUGGCGCCGCUGCUGGCCACCGUCACCAUCCUGGACGACGACCACGCGGGCAUCUUCUCCUUCCAGGACCGCCUGCUGCACGUGAGCGAGUGCAUGGGCACGGUGGAUGUGCGUGUAGUGCGCAGCUCAGGCGCGCGUGGCACUGUACGCCUCCCCUACCGCACAGUGGACGGCACGGCCCGUGGCGGCGGUGUACACUAUGAGGACGCUUGUGGAGAGCUGGAGUUCGGCGAUGACGAGACCAUGAAGACCCUUCAGGUCAAGAUAGUGGAUGACGAGGAGUACGAAAAGAAAGACAACUUCUUCAUUGAGCUGGGCCAGCCCCAGUGGCUUAAGCGGGGCAUCUCAGCUCUGCUACUCAACCAAGGGGAAGCAGACAGGACGCUGACUGCAGAGGAGGAAGAGGCCCGGAGGAUAGCAGAGAUGGGCAAGCCAGUUCUUGGAGAGAACUGUCGCCUCGAGGUCAUCAUUGAGGAGUCUUAUGACUUUAAGAACACGGUGGAUAAACUCAUAAAGAAAACGAACCUCGCCUUGGUGAUUGGGACUCAUUCAUGGAGGGAACAGUUUUUAGAGGCAGUUACCGUGAGCGCAGGGGACGAGGAGGAGGAGGAGGACGGAUCUCGGGAGGAGCGACUGCCAUCCUGCUUUGACUACGUGAUGCACUUCCUGACGGUGUUCUGGAAGGUUCUGUUCGCCUGCGUUCCACCUACGGAGUACUGCCAUGGCUGGGCGUGCUUCGGCGUCUGCAUCCUGGUCAUUGGUCUGCUCACUGCUCUGAUCGGGGACCUGGCUUCACACUUUGGGUGCACCGUGGGUCUCAAGGACUCAGUCAACGCCGUGGUCUUCGUAGCCCUGGGAACCUCCAUCCCUGACACUUUCGCCAGCAAGGUGGCUGCGCUGCAGGACCAGUGUGCCGACGCAUCCAUCGGCAACGUGACCGGCUCCAACGCGGUGAACGUGUUCCUGGGUCUGGGUGUGGCCUGGUCGGUGGCCGCGGUGUACUGGGCGGUGCAGGGCCGCCCGUUCGAGGUGCGUACAGGCACGCUGGCCUUCUCGGUCACACUCUUCACCGUCUUCGCCUUCGUGGGCAUCGCUGUGCUGUUGUACCGGCGCCGGCCACACAUCGGCGGCGAGCUGGGCGGCCCACGGGGACCAAAGCUAGCCACCACCGCGCUCUUCCUGGGCCUCUGGUUUCUCUACAUUCUCUUCGCCAGCCUCGAGGCUUACUGCCACAUCCGGGGCUUCUAGGGCCCUAGCCACUUACUGAGGGUGGGAGCUUGGUGGCGUUUGCUCUUGGACCCGCCCCUGUCUCCCGGUCCAGACUCAACCUGGGCUCCUGGGACUCCUCUCCUAGGCUCCCUCCUUGCCAACCCUCUUGGGAUCAAGCUGCUUCCCUUUCCACCUGGAAUCCCAUCCUUCGCCCUCUCUUCUCAGCCGCCACCCCUCCAGUCCAUCCUCUGUGAGUUAUACCGGCACCCCCUGGCCAGAUACCCACCCACCAGACCCCCCGCCUCCUCUGUUUCCCUGGACCUGAUUUUGUCUUCUGUCCUCCAACCCACAAACCUCUAUCUGUGACCCGGGGUCUUAGAACAUCUCCCCAGGUACCUAAGAGAGAGGCUGUGGUAUCCCAGGAAACCACCCACCCGCCUCCCUUACACCCCCUUACC